AUGUCAUCUUUAGGUUUAUUCGUAUCUCGGAUACGUUUUCCUAUUUUUCGUCGUUACUUAGCGACACAAACAUCAAAUGUUAAAACACGAAAUGAUUUACCUUCGAAUUUGUCACAACAAAAUGAUCCAAGAGUAAUGCCAUUACUUAAUCCAGAUGAAUUAUCCGAAGCUGAACAAAUCUAUAUAAAACGAUUUGAAGAACGACAUAUAAGAAAUGUUGAAAGACGUAAACGAGAACGACGACGUGCACGAAUUAUUGGUUUAUCAUUUGGAGCUUUAGUUAUUGCUAUUUAUAUUUAUACAAUUAAACGUGUUCGACAAGAAACAUUUUUAGAUGAUUUUGAAGUACCUGAACCACCGCCUCAAAAGAAAGCUAUUGAACAUGAUUAA